CACUCGGCCUUCCGCUUCUAGCAGGAGCCUCUCCAAGACAGCCUGAACACCUUCCUUGUUACCCCUAGCCCACAUACACACAUACACACACACCCAAACACUUUACACAUAGCGCUUCUACCAACUGCACCGAGACCGUCUUGUACCAGCACUCAGCCUUUGUGGUAUCCGACAACGAUAUACGUCGCCUGAACAUCACGACUCCCAGCGAUAGAUAUCCGCACGCAACAGCAACCCGCGCGGAUCCGAAGACUUGACUGCAAGACAAUGCGCACUGCUCUUAUUCCACUUGUUGUUGCGCUGUUUGCGACAGUAGCCAUGGGGCUUGCGCCGCAGCGGAGCGUCAUCAUCAGUUGGCCGAACGACACGCCGGAUGAGAUUGUGGAGCAAAGCAAGGAGGCUAUUCGAAAGGCAAAGGGUGAGAUUACAUAUGAGUACAACAUCAUUAAGGGAUUCGCGGCCACGGCCCCUGCAUCUGCACUGGAGCUGGUGUCUACACUGAGCAAUGUGUACAAGUGCGAGAUUGAGGAGGACGGUAUCGUUACAACGCAGCACAACAAGGAGUAGUUGGGUAGUGGGCGGUGGGCGGUGGGCAGUGGGCAGUGGGCAGUGGGCAGUGGGCGGAGGAACGGCAGACUGUAUGAGGGACUAGUUAUGGGUUUUGGGUUUGAAUAUUGGGCGUUUUUGGGUUGGCGUUGGGCAAAGGUGGUGAUGGUGUUGGAUGGGGCAGUAUGAAAGUGAUGUAGGUAGUUGGCCAUGGUAUUGCUGCAUGUAAAAGCAAAUAGUAGCCACUGCAUGUAGACGUGCAUACAGUAUACACACAUGCCCACGUGCAUACUUACCU